UCACGCGCUCCUCGCAAGCAACAGUGAGUUUGAACAGAACAACGCGACGACCCUUGCAGCGCACGACCCCGCGGACUCGAUCCAGAUCUAGGGCUUCUCGUCGGCGGCGAUGGCGGGCAAGGGAGGCAAGGGGCUCCUCGCGGCCAAGACCACGGCGGCAAAGAGCGCCGACAAGGACAAGGACAAGAAGAAGGCCCCCGUCUCCCGCUCCUCCCGCGCCGGCCUCCAGUUCCCGGUGGGGCGUAUCCACAGGCAGCUCAAGUCGAGGGCGUCGGCUCAUGGCCGCGUCGGCGCCACCGCCGCCGUGUACUCCGCGGCGAUUCUCGAGUACCUAACCGCCGAGGUCCUGGAGCUGGCCGGCAACGCGAGCAAGGAUCUCAAGGUGAAGCGUAUCACCCCGCGCCAUCUCCAGCUAGCCAUCCGCGGGGAUGAGGAGCUCGACACGCUCAUCAAGGGCACCAUCGCCGGCGGUGGCGUCAUCCCCCAUAUCCACAAGUCGCUCAUCAACAAGACCUCCAAAGAGUGAUGCGAAAAAAAAAAAACUCCCUCAUGUGCUUUGCUUGACUCGAAGUUUGGUGGGUGUUUUACUGUUAAUUUGUUAUGUUUUCUCAUUUGAUUUGAUGUAUUUGUGCUACAGUGUUCAAUCCUUAGUGGGUUUAGGUGCCUUUUAGUCUUUUGAAAUUAUCGUGACAAUGUUGGUUGCAGCUGAAUUCUUGUGAAUUCUUCACUCCGUAUGCUGUUCUGAACCAUCCAUCUCGAUGCUUCAGUUCAGAUUAUCUUGUUAAUGUUUAAGAUCAGUUCGAUUGAUUGGCAUGUGCCCAUGUGUUUGUCAA